UAUUCUAAAUCGGAUUAACAUAAGCAAGCGUCCAAACAGAUCCCUAGAAUAAGCAUUCCGUACACUGGCAUUCAAUUCGGCCGGCAAAAACUCAAAGCUUGUUCACCUAACCAGCCGACCUCAGCUGUUUAUAGAAGAACAAAAAACUCUCUUCCAAAUCCUCACAACUUCCCUACGCCUUAGGGCAGUCGAUUCCUUAUCCUCCGCCUCCUCAUACUCCAUCCGGCCGCCACGCAAUGGGCAACACCUCUUCGAUGCUCACUCAGUACGACAUUGAAGAAGUCCAACGCCACUGCAACAACACGUUUUCUCAGCAGGAGAUUGUGUCGUUGUACCAGAGGUUUUGCCAGCUGGAUCGUAAUAACGGCGGCUUUAUCUCCGGCGAAGAGUUCCUCUCUGUUCCUGAAUUCGCCGUCAAUCCUCUCUCUCUUAGGUUGUUGAGAAGGCUAGAUGGAUUGAAUUUUAAGGAUUUUGUGGCUUUUUUGUCUGCAUUCAGUCCACGUGCGAGUUUGCAACAUAAAAUUGAGUUUAUAUUCAAGGUGUAUGAUUCAGAUGGAAAUGGUAAAGUUACAUUUAACGAUAUGCUGGAUGUUUUGCGUGAUUUGACUGGAAAUUUCAUAUCUGAGCAACAAAGAGAGCAAGUUCUGAUGCAUGUUCUUGAGGAAGCAGGCUACAAAAAGGAUUCGUUAAUAGUUUUAUCGGACUUUGUUAAGAUACUUGGACACACGGAUUUGAAGAUGGAAGUUGAGGUUCCAGUGGACUGAAAAUAAGACUUGCUCUCACUUAACUAUACAUGCCAAAUGUCUGCUAAAUCGGUUGCGUUGUUGAAGCUCGAGGUGUGAAUUCUUCUAGGGCGCUAUAGAAAUCUACUGCUUCAUAUAUCAGUGGCCAUGUUUAUUGUUUGGUAUUUUAACUUCUCAACUAGACUAUCACAUGUAAUUGCUAUUUAUCAUCACUGUCAGUUAAUUCCUCAACGUGUUUAUUAUUUGAAGUUCCUAACAGAUCAACAGACCCAAACUACGUGAGUUCAUCUGUUUUGCUCG